AUGUCUGAGCAGCUCGAGGUGAAGAAAGCGCACAAGGUUGACGAGACGUCGUUCCCUUAUAUCUUCGAAGAGAAUGCCGAAGUUCCACUGAAGACAAGCUCAACAGGCAUUGUUCGAGUCAAUGUCUACAGGCCUAAAAGUACAAAUGAGGGCACAAAGCUGCCUGUAUUGGUGACUUAUGGCCCAUACGGAAAGGACAUCCAUUACAAAGACUUCCACGCCAAAUCGUACUCUGAAGUAAACCCAGAGCAUCACUCCGAUCACUCAGCAUGGGAGACACCGGAUCCUGGUUUCUGGACAAAGAACGACUAUGUCAUCGUGCGCGCUGACGAGCGCGGGCUCGGGCAAUCGCCAGGCUUCCUCGACACCAUGUCCCGUGGAACAAGCGAGUGCUUCUUUGAUGUGGUGGAGUGGGCUGCUGAGCAACCUUGGUCCUCCGGGAAAGUCGGUCUGCUUGGUAUAAGCUACUACGCUGGAUCGCAGUGGCGUGUGGCUGCCCGCAAGCCGAAGGGUUUGGCAGCUGUCAUACCCUGGGAGGGUAUGAGCGACUACUAUCGCGACCGCUGUAGGCAUGGCGGUAUCUUGAGCAACAAGUUCAUCGAAUUCUGGUGGAACCGUCAGGUCAUCACAAACCAAUACGGACGACCGGGACGCGCGGCGCGCAAUUGGGGUCCUGACACAGUGGAUGGAGACUUGUCCGAAGAAGUUCGAGCAAAAAACCGACAGGACCAGACCAUCGAUACGAACGCGUCCAAAUACCGCGACGAGAUCUACUAUGCAAGCAAGGAAUACGACAUGAGCGAUAUCGAAGUGCCACUGCUUUCCGUAGGAAACUGGGGUGGUAUCUUGCUACACCUUCGGGGCAACAUUGAAGGCUACACGCAUGCCGGGUCCGAGUUCAAAUACCUAAGAAUGAUCACCGGGCGCCACGACUUGCCUUUCUUCUAUAAGGAGGAGGUCGAGAUCCAACGCAGCUUCCUUGACGCUUUCCUCAAGGGAGACGAUCGUGUCGGCUGGUCAGUGAAGGGCAAGCUUCCGCCAGUUGAUAUAGUGCUCAGGAAGGGUGAUGUUGGUUUUGACAAUGCAGAAGCCGAAAAGGUCUACACGAGACGGACGGAAAACGAGUGGCCGAUUGCACGCACACGCUACACCAAAUUCUACCUCACACCGUCACAGUCACUGACGCAGGUUCAACCAAUUACCAAUCGCCCACAGAAACUUUCCUACGAGGCUUUGGGCACACUGGACAACCCUAAGCUUCUCCAGUUUACCACUGCUCCUUUCGAAGAGGAAACAGAGAUUACCGGCCACAUCGUGGCACAUCUCAACGCGUCUCUCUCACCACACGCUACUGGUGCCACACCGUCUGACAUCGACCUGUUCGUCACGCUCCGCUACAUCUCGCCCGAGGGCAAGGAGGUACACUACACAGGCACAGCUGGCGAUCCGAUUCCUCUAGCCAAGGGCUGGCUGCGCGUCAGCCUGCGCAAGACGAACCCCGACCACCCCAAGCACCGCGAGUACUUGCCCUGGAGAGACUACUUCAGCACCGACGUCCAACCCGUUAUUCCUGGAGAUGUUUACGCAGUCGACGUUGAAGUAUGGCCAACGAACGUCAUCGUUGAGAAGGGUGGGAAGAUUGUGUUCGAGGUCAGCAGCGGAGACACACAGGGAAGCGGUAUCUUCCAGCACAAUCAUCCUGAGGACAGGAGCGAGAAGGUUUUUGGAGGACUGAAUCAUCUGCACUUCAGUGAUAAGUUUUUGAAUUAUGUUACGCUACCUAUUGUACCGCCGAAAUAG